UGCAGCUUGAGAAAGUCUCUCACACGUCGAUCAGCUAGCUACCUCAGCCGCAUGGCGAGCGAGAUUCUCCCUCCAAGCAAGCAGUCAGCAAACCUCAUCCGGAGCCUGCCAGCAAGCAUAAAAAUAUAUAAAAUAGAACAAAAUAAUAAUCCUCAGGAAAUAUGAACACUAUGUGCCCCUCCACACGCAAUUUUCCGCCGCUUACAGUCACUGGCUGCCAACAUCCACAGCUGCAAAACGAGAGAGUGACCCCUCAGCCGCAUCUGCGGGAGGACGAGAAAAAAAAAGAAAAAAGAAAAUGGAUGCAGGCCCACUCGUGUCCAGACAUAAAUCGGUCUGGAUGGCUUGUGCGCUUUUGACAGCUAUUGGCUCAUGCCCGUAUUCGAGUAUUCCGACUUCUGUUGGGACCAGUUUGGCAAACCUUCCCUUCCGUCGCCUCUCACCCUCCCCGCCCCUGUUAGAUCACUGAUCCUGUCCGGCGAUGAACGACGGGCGAAACGGAUGGAAUCUGGUCGUAUGCAUGGUCGUGGACCCAUAAAGCUUUUGAUUGUUGUGCUAAUGAUGAUCAUAAUGAUGGUUCGUGAAGGUCCGGGAUCGAUGCAUGAUGUCCGUCCGUUAGCCAGAUAUGGCCCGUGUCAGUAUUCCUCGUAUCCGUCGCUCCGACGCCCAAAGAAGAAGAGAGGAUCCGAUGCGGAUCAGCGAUGGCUGAUGAGGUGGCAUGCCUCGCAAUCGGAAUGACGGCAUACGUCCAUUUUAUUCCCAAUCCUUCUGCCCGAUCACAAGCCCGUGCUAGUUGAAACGUGUCAAGUUGACCAGAUAUAUACUUUGGACUUUUAUGUGUAUAUUGAGCAUUUCGCCAGCUAGCGGUAGUAAAUUGCAAACAUUCGAGCUUGAAGAAAUUAAGCAAUCUCAAACCAUUGGAUUUCCAAUGUUCCUUGCGUUCGAGGAGUUAUGUGUUUUCGCGUGCUACCGGUCCUUAACAAAAUUUCGCGAGACGAACGACAUCAUAUCACAACACCUGGUUAGAUAUGGCUUGUGUUUGAGCAAUUUUUUUUUCGUUCUCUUAUGGCUAAAUUAUUCAUCACUCAAUCUCUUGAUUUCUGGCGAUAGUUAGCUAGUUCAGCAUUUGCUGACAAUGAGCCAUUAUUGUGAAGGGUAAGUGAGUCCUGAGUGGAACUCCAGAGAGUUCACAAAAAGUUAGUUAAAAAAUGGAAUAAGCUGCUUAAAGUUGGUACGUUCCCGUUACAAAGCCGCCCAGGAAACACCGUUGAUUGAAAAAAGAAGGUUUCAUUGACAAGCUUGGUUUUUCCCCGUAUUUUGGCAGCCCAAUGAAAUUGCUGGUUUUCCACGGCAAGUCAUGUAGUUAGGAUUAAAA